AUGAGUGGUUCAGCAGUUAAGAAGAUCAUAGAGAAAACAACUCAUGGACUCAUUGGUCAUCUUUUUUCAGUCAUAACUACUUCUAUACCCCCUCCAAACCUUGCACCCUUAUUGCCUCUUCUAUCUGAAUAUAAUGAUAUUUUUGCUGAGCCUACUUCAUUACCUCCUCACAGAACCUUGGACCACUCAAUCCCAUUAAAAACAGACUAUCAACCUCCAAACCAAAGGCCAUAUAGGUGCCCAUACAUUCAAAAAGGAGUUAUGGAACAACUGGUGAAAGAAAUGCUCUCUUCUGGGAUCAUACAACAAAGCCACAACCCAUUUGCUUCACUAAUUCUUCUUGUCAAAAAGAAAGAUAAUACCUGGAGAUUUUGUGUUGAUUACAAAAGACUCAACAACAUCACUAUUAAGGACAAGUUUCCUAUACCAAUUGUUGAUGAGUUGUUGUAUGAACUGCAAGGAUUCAUGGUUCUGUCUAAGUUAGAUUUAAGAGCAGGAUAUCAUCAAAUUCUAUUGAACCCUAUGGAUAUCUACAAGACUGCAUUUAGGACUCAUCAUGGGCAUUAUGAGUUCAAAGUCAUGCCAUUUGGCCUUACCAAUGCACCUGCAACAUUUCAAGACCUUAUGAAUGAAGUCUUUGCAUCCUAUAUAUGGAAGUUUGUUUUGGUCUUUUUUGAUGACAUUUUGCUGGAAUACUUAGGCCACAUUAUCACUCCUUCUGGAGUUUGUGCUGAUCCCACCAAAAUUGCAGCAAUGCAUAGCUGGCCACUUCCAACUUCUAUAAAGGAAUUGAGAGGCUUUCUGAGUUUAACAGGGUAUUACAGGAAAUUUGUGAAGAACUAUGGUGAAAUCUGCAAACCCCUAACUGAUCUUCUGAGAAAGAAUUCUUUCAAUUGGAAUGCAGCUGCCACUUCUGCAUUUGAACAACUCAAUCUAUCCAUGUCCACAACUCCAGUCCUUGCAUUGCCAGAUUUUUCCAAGCAAUUCACUGUAGAAAGUGAUGCAAGUGAGACCUAUCUUGGUGUUGUCUUAACUCAAGAAGGUAAACAAAUUUCCUUUUUCAUCUCACCUUUAGGGCCAAGAGUUAGAGCCUUAUCCACAUAUGAAAAAGAAUUUUUAGCUAUAGUUAAGGACAUUCUUCAAAGCUAUGUUGGUGAUGACAAGGUGCAAGAACUCAUUACUCAAUUACUUGUAUCUUCUAACUCUGUUCCAUAUUAUACUUACAAAUCUGAAAUACUGAGAUACAAAAAUAGGAUAUAUGUGGGAGCUAGCAAUGGGGUCAGAGCCACAAUCUUAAAUACUGUUCACACCUCUGCUAUUGGGGGUCAUUCUGGCAUACAUGCCACUUAUGUUAGGGCCAAGUCCCAUUUCUUUUGGCCUAAAAUGAAGCAGGAGAUCCUAUUAUUUGUAACUGAGUGUGACAUCUGCCAAAGAAAUAAGGGUGAAUGCUCUUUUCCAUCUGGUUUACUGCAACCCCUUCCAGUACCUAAGCAUGCAUGGCAGCACAUCACCAUGGAUUUCAUUGAAGGUUUACCUAUGAGUGACAUGAAAAGUAUUAUAUUGGUGGUGGUGGAUAGGCUCGCAAAGUACAUCCAUUUCAUUGCUUUACAACACCCUUAUACAGCUGCUUCUGUGGCUAAAGCAUUCUUGGAUCAGGUAUUCAAAUUACAUGGCCUGCCUUCUUCAAUUAUUUCUGAUAGAGAUAAAGUUUUUACUAGCCACUUCUGGCAAGACUUAUUUAAAGCUUUGGGUACUAGCUUGAAUCUCAGCACUGAUUAUCAUCCUCAAACUGAUGGCCAAUCAGAGAGAGUUAAUUCUUGUUUAGAAAAUUACUUAAGGUGCAUCACUGGCCACAAACCUAGUAAGUGGUGUCAAUGGUUAUCUCUUGCUGAGUGGUGGUACAACACUAGUUAUCAUACUAGUUUAAAAUUUUCUCCCUUCCAAGCCUUAUAUGGCUAUCUUCCUCCACAUAUGGCUUUUCCAUCUGACACCACCACUUUUGUAGCUGUUGUGGAGUCAUACCUCAAGGACACAGAGACAAUGAUUGAUAUUCUUAAAGAGUCUCUACACAAUGCUCAAGCAAGAAUGAAAUUCUUUGCUGAUAAGACAAGGAAAGACAUGACCGUUGCAGUGGGUGACUUAGUAUAUCUGAAGCUUCAACCUUACAGACAAGCUUAUGUUUCACUGAGAAAGAAUUUCAAGUUGUCUGCAAAAUUCUAUGGACCUUUUCCUAUUUUACAGAGAAUUGGACCAGUAGCCUACAAGUUACAUCUUCCAGACCAGGAUAGGAUUCACCCUGUAUUUUAUGUGUCUCAAUUGAAGCAACACAUUGGUAAGAAGCACACCCCCUCUCCUACUUUGCCUAUUGUGGAUCAUGUAGGUGAAGUAAUCAUGGUCCCUGCAAAAGUUCUACAACAGAGAACCAUUACUAUAGGCAGGAGACAAGUGCAACAGGUGCUCAUCCAAUGGACUAAUUCGACUCAGGAAGAUGCCACUUGGGAGGAUGUUGCUACCAUUAAGUCUCACUAUCGCAACUUUAUCCUUGAGGACAAGGAUAAUUUCCAGCAGUGGGCAAUAUCAUAG